CUCGCUCGGGGCACCCGCAACAAGUGGCCGUCGCGCCCUCCCCGGGGAAGGUGUGUGCGCGCAGGGGCGCCUGGAGGAGGCCACCGAGCCCGAGCCUGGAGCGCCCGCGAAGCGCUGCGCCCACCGCCUGGGGAUCGGGCAGGCGGAUGGGGACCCGGCGGCGGCGGCGAGGCCAGCCUCUGGGCGGCCCCGGGGCGCGGACUCCUCACCGCGCUGCGCCCUGCAUUCCCGAGUGCGGAUUCUAAGGAGAGCUACUGUCUUUGGCCGGUCUGGAAGAACCGGAGUGGCAAGAGGUGACUGAAAGCGUCCUCUUCGGAGUGAGGGCCAUUUGGCCAUAGCUCGGUCGGGAGGAGCGUGGGGAAUGUGCUGCUAAAAGGUCCCGCCGGGCGGGCUUUCCUGUGCGGAGCGCGCGGGCCGUGCGCCCCAGAGAUGGAGUGUCCAGGGAGACGGCGGGCAUGACGGCGACAGGAUGGGCGCGAACAAUGGCAAGCAGUACGGCAGUGAGGGCAAAGGCAGCUCCAGCAUCUCAUCUGACGUGAGUUCAAGCACAGAUCACACACCAACCAAAGCCCAGAAGAAUGUGGCUACUAGUGAGGACUCCGACCUGAGCAUGCGCACACUGAGCACGCCCAGCCCAGCCUUGAUAUGUCCACCGACCCUGCCUGGCUUUCAGAAUGGAAGGGGCUCGUCCACCUCGUCGUCGUCCAUCACUGGGGAGACCGUGGCCAUGGUGCACUCGCCGCCCCCGACCCGCCUCACGCACCCGCUCAUCCGCCUGGCCUCCCGGCCGCAGAAGGAGCAGGCGAGCGUGGACCGGCUGCCCGACCACUGCCUGGUGCACGUCUUCUCCUUCCUGCCCACCAACCAGCUGUGUCGCUGCGCGCGCGUGUGCCGCCGCUGGUACAACCUGGCCUGGGACCCGCGCCUCUGGAGGACUAUCCGCCUGACGGGCGAGACCAUCCACGUGGACCGCGCCCUCAAGGUGCUGACCCGCAGGCUGUGCCAGGACACCCCCAACGUCUGCCUCAUGCUGGAAACCGUGACGGUCAGCGGCUGCAGGCGCCUUACGGACCGAGGACUGUACACCAUUGCCCAGUGCUGCCCCGAACUGCGGCGCCUGGAGGUCUCAGGCUGUUACAAUAUCUCCAAUGAGGCCGUCUUUGACGUGGUGUCUCUCUGCCCCAACCUGGAGCACCUGGAUGUAUCAGGCUGCUCCAAAGUGACCUGCAUCAGCCUGACCCGGGAGGCCUCCAUUAAACUGUCCCCCUUGCACGGCAAACAGAUUUCCAUCCGCUACCUGGACAUGACGGACUGCUUCGUGCUGGAGGACGAGGGUCUGCACACCAUCGCGGCGCACUGCACGCAGCUCACGCACCUGUACCUGCGCCGCUGCGUGCGCCUCACCGACGAGGGCCUGCGCUACCUGAUGAUCUACUGCGCCUCCAUCAAGGAGCUGAGCGUCAGCGACUGCCGCUUCGUCAGCGACUUCGGCCUGCGCGAGAUCGCCAAGCUCGAGGGGCGCCUGCGCUACCUGAGCAUAGCGCACUGCGGCCGCGUCACCGACGUGGGCGUGCGCUACAUCGCCAAGUACUGCGCCAAGCUGCGCUACCUCAACGCGCGCGGCUGCGAGGGCCUCACGGACCAUGGCCUCGAGUACCUGGCCAAGAACUGCGCCAAGCUCAAGUCCCUGGACAUCGGCAAGUGCCCGCUCGUGUCCGACACGGGCCUCGAGUGCCUGGCCCUCAACUGCUUCAACCUCAAGCGGCUCAGCCUCAAGUCCUGCGAGAGCAUCACGGGCCAGGGCCUGCAGAUCGUGGCCGCCAACUGCUUCGACCUGCAGAUGCUCAAUGUGCAGGACUGUGAGGUGUCGGUGGAGGCCCUCCGCUUCGUCAAACGCCACUGCAAGCGCUGCGUCAUCGAGCACACCAACCCCGCCUUCUUCUAGGGGACCUGCUGGCCCCGGUGCCACUUUACGCAAACACCAACACAACAAA